AUGCGGCCUAUUCUACUGUCGGGCCAUGAACGGUCCCUGAAUCAAAUCAAGUUCAACCGCGAUGGCGACCUCCUAUUCUCCGUGGCCAAAGACAAGAUUGUGUGUGCGUGGUGGUCCGCCAACGGCGAGCGUCUGGGUACCUACAACGGCCACCAGGGUGCUAUCUGGACCGUUGACGUGAGCCCCAACACCGUCCUCUUGGCGACCGGUUCGGCAGACAAUACGGUGCGGCUAUGGAACAUCAAGACAGGCGAGUGCGUCAAGGUCUGGGAGUUCCCCACUGCCGUCAAGCGCGUGGCCUUUUCGCCGGAUGGUAGCAAGUUGCUGGCGGUAACGGAGAAGCGGAUGGGUUUCCUGGGUACGAUUGCGGUGCUCGAUAUCGCCUACGGAGAUGGACAAGGUGGAAACCUGAACGAGCAGGCCGACGAGCCGAGCUUGCGCAUCACUUGCACUGAGAGCAAGGCGACCGUCGCCGGGUGGAGUUUCUUGGCCAAGUACAUCAUCGCGGGACACGAGGAUGGCAGUGUCAGCCAGUAUGACCCGAAGACUGGAGAGCAGCUGGAGACCAUGCAGGCGCACGAGUUCGACCACCAGAUCAACGACCUCCAAUUCUCCCCCGACCGCACCUACUUCAUCACUGCCUCCAAAGACAAGUCCGCCAAGAAGGACUUCGCGAUUCUGGGCGGUGGCCAGGCCGCCAUGGAUGUCACCACCACCUCCGCCCGCCAGGGUAAAUUCGAGGCCCGUUUCUACCACCGCAUUUUUGAGGACGAGAUCGGCCGUGUCCGUGGCCACUUCGGUCCUCUGAAUACCAUCGACGUCCACCCCGCCGGCACCGCUUAUGCUUCUGGUGGUGAGGACGGCUACGUCCGCGUCCACCACUUCGACAAGCCGUACUUUGACUUCAUGUAUGAGGUGGAGCGGGAGCAGAUGCGGAAGUAG